CGGUCGCCAGGUCGCGCGGCACGUGGAACGCGGGGGAGCGGGUGCAGACGUGCUCCCCGCCUUCUGAGCUCAGGCUUUGCAGCCCUGGCGAAGCUGGGAGGAAACUCGGGCGUGUGACCUUGUCACCCUAGCAGGCGCGACCACGUGGCUUAGGGUCUGGGGACAUGGCCAGAAAGGCUCUCAAGCUUGCUUCCUGGACCAGUGUGGCUCUUGCUGCCUCUGGUGUCUACCUCUACGGGAACAACUACUUGGACCCUAAUGACUUUGGCGCCGUUAGGGUGGGCCGAGCUGUUGCUACGACAGCUGUCAUCAGCUAUGAUUAUCUCACCUCCCUGAGGAGUGUCCCAUAUGGCUCAGAGGAGUAUUUGCAGCGUCGAUCCCAGGUGCACCUCCGCUCUGCCAGACGUCUCUGCGAGCUCUGCUGUGCCAACCGGGGCACCUUCAUCAAGGUGGGCCAGCACCUGGGGGCCCUGGACUACUUGCUGCCGGAGGAGUACACCAGCACGCUGAAGGUGUUGCACAGCCAGGCCCCACAGAGCAGCAUGCAGGAAGUCCAGCAGGUCAUCCGAGAAGACCUCGGCAAGGAGAUCCCUGAUUUGUUCCUGAGCUUCGAUGACACCCCUCUGGGGGCAGCCUCCCUGGCCCAGGUCCAUAAGGCGGUGCUGCAUGAUGGCCGGACAGUGGCUGUGAAGGUCCAGCACCCGAAGGUUCAGGCUCAAAGCUCCAAGGACAUUCUCCUGAUGGAGGUGCUCGUCCUGGCUGUGAAGCAACUCUUCCCAAAUUUCGAAUUCAUGUGGCUGGUGGAUGAAGCCAAGAAGAACCUGCCUCUCGAGUUGGACUUCCUAAAUGAGGGGAAGAAUGCCGAGAAAGUGGCCCACAUGCUCAAGCACUUCGACUUCCUAAAGGUCCCCCAGAUCUACUGGGAGCUGUCCACCAAGAGGGUGCUCCUGAUGGAAUUCGUGGAGGGAGGGCAGGUCAACGACAGGGCCUACAUGGAGAAGAACCAGAUAGACGUGAAUGAGAUUUCCUGCCACCUGGGCAAGAUGUACAGUGAGAUGAUCUUUGUCAACGGUUUCGUGCACUGUGACCCCCACCCAGGCAAUGUGCUAGUGCGGAAGCGUCCAGACACUGGCAAGGCUGAGAUUGUCCUCUUGGACCAUGGGCUUUACCAGGUGCUCACGGAGGAGUUCCGCCUGGACUACUGCCAUCUGUGGCAGUCCCUGAUCUGGACCAACAUGGAGAGGGUGAAGCAGUACAGCCAGCGUCUGGGGGCCGCGGAGCUUUACCCACUGUUUGCCUGUAUGCUGACAGCCCGGUCCUGGGACUCGGUCAAAAGGGGCAUCAGCCAGGCUCCAGCCACCGCCACUGAGGACUCAGAGAUCCGAGGUAAUGCGGCCAGCUACCUGCCUGAGAUCAGCCAGCUCCUUAACCACGUCCCUCGCCAGAUGCUGCUCAUCCUGAAGACCAAUGAUCUACUCCGUAGCAUUGAGACCAGCCUGGGCACCCGAUCCAGUGCUAGUUCCUUCCUCAACAUGUCUCGGUGUUGCAUCAGGGCACUGGCUGAGCACAGGAAGAGAGAUGCCUGUUCGUGCUUCAGAAGGAUCCAGAUAUCUUUCAGCGAGGCCUUUAGCCUCUGGCAGAUCAACCUUCAUGAACUUCUGCUUCGAGUGAAGGGCUCGAGGCUAGCCUGCUGGAUCUCCGCUGUCCUCGGCUGGCUGACUCGGGCUCCACACUGAGUGUGACUGUGAUCCCCUGCUCCUUCCCGGUGUCUUUCCACACCUCAUUUGUUCUUUCAUGCUCUGAGUACCCACUCACCCAUGUCAGCCGAGGGUUGGCCUGUGGUCCCAGGGUGGUCGUCCACGGCACCAUCACACUCUGCCAUUGGAGCCCCCCCCCCACUGUAGCCUUGACUUGGGGCCCUGGACUGUACCGGGGAGUGAGUUAUCUUUCUCUAGGGAGGGGAUAAAGCAACCUUCUUCCCAUCUCCUGUAGGUGCCGUUGGCUUGGUCCUCCCCACUUUCAUGGGGAUUGUCAGAAAGGACCGGCCACAUGUGCCAGAGGGCACGUUUAACUUGGAGGAAAUAAGUAGGUCCUCAGAACUGGCUACGGAACAGACUGUGUUUUUGCCAUAUCACUCCCAAAGGCAUCUCACCUCAGCGAAGGCUGCACGUGAGGGUCAAGUGUACAGCUGUGGGCUCCUGCUGUCAUGGUGACACCUCCAGUGUUGUGUGUUUUGUGUUUCAAUAAACCCUUUCAAGGUUGCA